ACAAAUAUAAUAAAUUAAAGUAUGAAAACAAUUAACAGAGGGUAUAUCAGUCUCCUCAACACUUCAUUUUCUAUAACGGAUUUUAUUACAACUACUAUUGAAUCAAAGUACCGUUCUUUUUCUAUAUUCCUUAAAUUCCUUAACGCUAUCUUUUUUUAAAAUGAGUGGAAGUUCAACAGAUUGUAACGAGCCAUCGACCAGCCGAGGUGUUAGAAAAAGUAACGUUUUGACUGCGUCGGAGGUCAAAAUUAUGUGGAAUAUCGGAAAGAUAUUCCACACAUUUGACACCCGCGAAAAAUGUAUAGCUUUUGCUGAGGAGCAGGGAUUGAUUCCGAAUAGGAAGUUGUGUCGUGUGCACAAGACUGCUAUGGCGGUAGUGCAGUCGGAAUUUUUCGAUGUCGGAAGGGUACUUGCCGUACGCGAGCAGUGUCCCGAGCGAAGGGUACUUGGUUUGAAAAUGCUAAGAUUCCAUUACCUCUACUGCCGAACAGCAGGUAGCGGUGCGAAAAAUUGGCGGCCCUAGCAAAAAAGUUCAAAUCGAUGAAAGUAAGUAAACAUCGCGUAUAAGGUUCUAUCAAGGUAACUGUGUGAAAGACUAAAGCCCACCGUCAACAAACUGAUUGGACCUUAUCAGUGUGGCUUUAGACCUGGAAAAUCUACAUCUGACCAGAUCUUCACCAUGCGCCAAAUCUUGUAAAAGACCCGUGAAAAGAGAAUCGACACACACCAUCUCUUUGUCGAUUUUAAAGCUGCCUUUGACAGCACGAAAUGGAGUUGCAUCUAUGCCGCUAUGACUGAAUUUGGUAUACCUGCAAAACUCGGCUGUGUAAGCUGACGUUGAGCAACACCAAAAGCUCCGUCAGGAUCGGGAAGACCCCUCCGAGGUUCUUCUAUCAGAGUGCACAGCUGUUGGCGUACGCCGAUGAAAUCGAUAUUAUUGGAAACAACACCCGCGCCCUUAGUUCUGCUUUCUUCAGACUGGAUAGGGAAGCGAAGCGUAUGGGUCUGGUGGUGAUUGAGGACAAGACGAAAUAUCUCGUGUCAUCAAGCAAACAGUCAGCGCCUCGCGUUUUGGCUCCAAUGUCACUGUUGACAGUCAUAACUUUUAAGUUGUACAUACUUUCGUAUACCUAGGCACCAGCAUCAAUACCAAUAAUGUCAAACUUGAAAUCGAACGCAGAAUCACUCUUGCCAACAGGUGCUACUAAGCACCUCUGCAUGUACAUAUAAAUUAUUUUAUAUAUUUUUACGUUAUUUACACCAAGUUAGAAAUAUUCGAAAAUUCAAAAAUACAAACAUAUUUACUUAAGAUAACCUAUUGACCUAAGAUAUACAUUUAGGCAAUUGAAUACAAAUGUGCAUGUGCACUUGAAAUUAACCCAUGCAUUGCAGCAUAAACAAUAUGCAGCAUACAUACAAACAUACACACAUACACGUAUAUUUAGAAACUGUAUAUAAAAGUUAGAAAUUAGAAAAUAAAAUUAGAAUGAAAUAGUUCUCACUCAAGCUUGGUGUUUCAAUAUUUUCCCCGACCCGCGGUAAGAGGUAUUUGAAAUCAGCUUGUUUUAAACAAUUGGUCCUUCGAGCCGGAUAGAGAGGUCCGGAGCCGAAGAGAGAUCCAAUUAAAAAGGCCUGCUAUUAGAAUAUAGAGGCACCUGUUACAAAAUUUGGCCGUUAGAGCAGAAUGUGAGCUCAGACAAAUAAAAAGACCUAUGUAUAGAAGAAACACAGGCAGGAAAAAAGUCCUAUACAUGAAUUAGGCAAAAGACAAAAAAAAAAUCAAUUGAAAAGAUUGUAUGUAAAACGUAUUUGCGAGAGACAAUACGCAUUAGUUAACUGUUAUUCUAAGAAUUACAGCAGCUGUUAGUCGAGGCACAGCAAGAUCAACAAGGCGAUCGAAACAAAAAUCCUCAAAUUCUUUGAAGAAAAAGAAC